AUGGCAGGCACGGGGCGCGGGGCGCCUGCGGAGCUGUGGGGGGUGCUGCUGCCUCCGCGGCGGGCGGCCGAGGGCUCGGAGGACGAGGAGGACGAAGAGGUCGAGGAGGAGCCGCACUUGGCGGAGGCCGCGCUGCUGGAGGCUUCCGGGAGGGAGCUGGCGGCCGCCCUGCCCCCGCGCCGAGCCGCUAUUAUACAAGAGAGCUCCAAAAAGGAAUAUGAAGUAGUUGGACGUUUUCCAUUAGUUGGCCCCUGGUGGACAGUUAAUGUUAAAGUUAAAAAAGGGGGGUCAAAGUAUUUCGUUCAGGGAUAUCCAUCCUAUUUUCUUCGAACCAAUAUAGAAGACAACAACCGAGAAGUCUUCUCACUUUUUCUCAAGGAAUGUGGAGUUCCUGAGUAUUUUAAGAAGUUGUUUUUUGCCUGGCUACCUGCAAAAUCUACACUAAGUUUUGAAAAUCUUGAAGAAAAACUAAAACAUUUCCAAGUUGCGCACUUAUCGACAGGGAAGAAACAAGGAGACACUAAGGAUUUUGAUAUCUUAUACUACGUUUGGAAAUCAGUUGCAGGGAAGGCAGUGUUGGUAGCCCUGACUUACCCUAUGAUACUGGAAUUCUUGCCUACUCUUCUGCCGCGCCAUUUUUGCUCUCUUUUGGAUACGGUGUGCUGGCAAAGAAGGACUGAAAAUGAUGAUACGGAUGGUGAGACGGUACAUUUUGAAGAUGAGAUACUAACAAAGUUGGAUGAAAUAUUAAAAAACGAGCCAUGGAAGCUUGGAUUCAGCAGGAUUACUUACAGGGAACUGAAUCUUUCUUACUGUGAGGCAACGUGGGAUGCCUUCCGUCAGUGUGAACACCUCCUCUGGAAGAUUCCUGACUUGCAGAAGAAUGCUUUGAUUCUGUAUAAUAAACUCAAGAAACACUGCAGAGAAAUGGGACACACUUACGAGGAUCAGGAUGAAUUAACUCGUUUUGUAUCGGAAGAUAUGUCCAUUGAGGGUGCUUGGCAAUCUCUGGAAUUUCUGAAAGAUGAGAAUAUAGUGAUUAGGGAGAAGACACUGGUGUUUCUGCCUCAUCUUUACAAAUCUGAAAAAGACAUUGCGAUGUGUAUAGGUGAUCUUCUGUCAAAAUGCUCCUGGCAACUAGAUGUUGAUGUGAGAAAAAUACUUAACGCUUCUGAGAUGUCAAGAGAAGUUGUAGACAGCAAAACGAAGGGUAUCCAGGCUCAUGAAGUGGAACAUCUGAAGGAAGAUAAUCCAGACAAUCAUCACUGUGAAAAUCAGUUCCCUGAAAGGGAAGCGGCAUCUACAUCUGGUACCCAAAGUAAAGCAGAGGUAGACCUAGAUCAGGUGAUCGCUAUAGAAAAGAUUUGUUCUAAUCCUGUCACAAUCAUAAGUGGGAAAGGAGGCUGUGGGAAGAGUACAAUUGUUAGCAGCCUUUUUCGGCACUUAAAGCAGAUAGAAAAAGAAGUGGAAGCUGCUUCUAAGGACUUUGAAGAAGACCUGGAUGUGUCUGAGGAGUGGGAUACUUUUGAUCGUCGUUGGGAGUCAGAGGACACUUGCUCAAAAAAUCCCUUGAAUGUUCUGUUUACUGCACCCACAGGGAGGGCAGCAAGCCUUUUGAGUGAGAAAACCAAGCUUCCUGCAUACACUCUGCAUCAGAUCAUCUAUAGUUUUAAAUCAUGGAGGCAGACUGAAAAAGAAGUGCCAUGGAAGUUUUCUACUGUGACAGUUCUGAUUGUGGAUGAAGGAAGCUUGGUGUCUGUACACAUUCUUAGCUUAGUUUUAAAGCUGUUAUGUGAGCAUGCUCAGCUUGCCAAACUUAUUAUUCUAGGUGAUACUAGGCAGCUACCAAGCAUUGACCCUGGCAACAUGCUAGCUGAUAUCUUUAAUAGUUUAAAAUCAAGAGGCUUUUCUGUGGAACUGCGAACUAAUCACAGAGCUGAAUCCCAACUCAUUGUAGAUAAUGCAACAAGAAUCUCUCUCCGGAAGCUUCCUGAAUUUGAUGAAGUGCUGAAAUUUUCUGGUUGGAAUAAAGAGCUGGCAAUGCCAAGCCCUGAGAAGAAAUUCAUUUUUAUUGCUUUGCCUUCUGGUGGGGGUUCUGAUAACUUGCAAGCUGCCAUAAAGGCUUUGCUUAAAGAAGGACCAGGAUUGCAGGAUGCCACGCAGUCACAGUUCCUUGCUUUCAGAAGGCAAGAUUGUGAUCUAAUAAAUGAACUUUGCUGCCAACACUAUUCGAACCAUUUAACCAGAGAUCAUAAAAGACGACUUUUAUUUCAAGUUGAUGACAAGAUUUCCUGCAUGAGAAAUACGUACCUCAAGGAUCUCUUACCAGACCCUGGUAUUGGACAGGAUCCUGACCACCAGAAAUACAGAAAUGGAGAAACCACCCUCAGUACAGAGACUACUGAGGAGGGCAAACGACUGUGCAAUGGAGAUAUAUUUUUCAUAACACAUGAUGUAGAAAUUAAUAAGCAGCGCUUACUGACCAUCAGCAGCACAUACGGCUCCACGUACACUGUGAACUAUAAGGCUCUGAAGAAGCUCUGUCAUAUAAAACAUGCAUGGGCCAGAACUAUUCACACAUUUCAGGGUUCUGAGGAGAAAACAGUUGUCUAUGUGGUUGGCAAUCCAGGCCGUCAGCACUGGCAGCACGUGUACACAGCUGUGACCAGAGGACGCUGCCGUGUCUACGUUAUUGCUGAAGAGAUGCACCUCAGGAAAGCAGUCACUAACAAUAACUUUCCCAGAAAAACUCGCUUACAGAGGUUUUUGAGAGAGGCAAUUGCAAAUACAAACAACUGCCUGACACAAACACCCUCUCCUCUGAAAACGAGCUGGCCAGGUCAAGAGCCUGGGACCCAGCCUGUUUCUUUAAUUCGAGAUGUUCCUGAUCCACCUGAACCUGGAACUGACAGGAUUCAGCUAAAGAGCUCAGCAGAUCUCAAUAAGGAGCACGUGGGUAAUUCGCAGCAGAUAAGUCCAUGUAAGAGACAACAAAGCCACGCAGAGGAUUCAGAGGAUCCAUUAGGAAAAGACUCCCCACUUGGGACUGCCAGACUCAGGAGCCUAACUUUGGAGCAAGUAACUCCCAGGAAGCUUUUCAAAAGCUGACCUACAAUUAACUGUCCUCUUCAUGAGUACAUCUGUUUUGUUUAAGGUUUCUGGAAAGGAGAAGCUGGGUAUGCAGAUGACUUUCAAAAACCUUCCUGUAACUGCAUUUUCUCUUCGGAAAAAUGCAUUUUAAAGCGAGCCUUUUAUAUUUUCAGUGUUUAGUAGAAGAUUCCUUGGUGUCAGUCCUCAAAAAUCAUUACAGUCUUUUAUUUUCCUAAAGAAGGAGCUCUCAGGAUCCAGAGGUUCACCUGAAUAAUACACGGGCAUUCUUUUGUUUGAGCACUCCAGGCACAGCUAUCGGUUUUAUCUGUAUCUCCUAAAGCUGCAGUACUGAUUAGAAUCUAUGGCUGUGCCAAAAGCUGCAAUUUGCUUUUCAGCCAAAUAAUAAGUUUGCAAACAGGAAUUCACAUUUCUCUAAUGUGGCAGAACUAUGGGCAUUAAGCUUUGAUGGUUUACGAAUUUUAAUCUUGUUAAAAUGAGAAACAGAAAAUGCAAUCAGUGACACAGCUACUUUUUCCCACUCGGUACUUGAAAGCAAUGCAGAACUUGCUGCUGUUGCUUCCCACCUGCUAACGUUCUUGGAAGUAACAUUCCAAGUCAGAACCCAAAUAACGUCGCCACUUCCUUUUUGUUGUACUGCAUGACUUGAGCAACUGUCAUGGCUGUGAUUAAAUGAGCUGAACAUUUACUCACACUUCAGACAGACUUUACUAAAAUUUGGAGGGUUUGCUUAUUACUCUUGAUAUUUUCUUCUCACAUCAGGAAAGAACAAAGCAGACCAAUACUACCUUUUUUAACGCCCUUAAAUCACAGUUUAUUUCAAUUUAUACAGUUUUUUUCCAUACAAAUAUUUGCAACAGUUUGAAUUUCAAAAAAACAUACAUAGACGAUAAAUAUCAUGCUAUUAAAGUAUUAAAUUUGUACAAAAAUACUUUACAGUUUAAUACUUAUUUGUUACAAAUAAAAAUACGUAUUUAAGUGA